GACUUCAAAGGGUGUUGGAAACUCAAGAAAAGAUUGGGCGGACUAAUUCACACAGUUUACUGUUCCAUUGUUGGUGUCAUCACAUCCCAACAUGACUCCAAACAUAGCUUAAGACUUCCCUUCCCUCUCCUUAAGACUUUCUCUCUCUCUCUCUCUCUCUCUCUCUCUCUCUCUCUCUCUCUCUCUCUCUCUCUCUCUCUCUAGUGGAAGAAGCAUACCAUGGAAGCCUCAGGAGAAGCAGCCCUUGGAGGUCCCAAAGAGCACACCCAGAUCAUCAUCAAGGGCAAGCGCACGAAGCGGCAGAGGCCGCUGUCGCCGAUCCUUUUCAUGAACACCGGCUCGCCGGUGAGUUCCGAAGGAGGCAAUUGCGACGACAACAGCGAGAGCGACAAGGCCGCCGACCUCUCUCCCUCCACUUCUGCCAAAUUCCACAACGGCUGCACUGAGGAAGAGGAGGACAUGGCCAAUUGCCUGAUCCUCCUAGCUCAAGGCCAAUCCAAAGAGCCCCCAAGAAGGGUUAUUAUUCAAGAAGACCACAACCAUACCAAUAGAUUCAGCAGCAAGAGGUACUUGGAGGGCUCUUGUGUCUAUGAGUGCAAGACUUGCAACAAGACCUUCCCUUCCUUCCAAGCCCUAGGCGGUCAUCGGGCAAGCCACAAGAAGCUGAAGUUGGCAACAACCACGGCCGAAGAGAAGCCACCGCUGUAUAAACAAUUCGUGUUCUUGCCGUCCUCACCGGACGAAGAAGAAGGAGAAUACAAGAAAGUUUCGACUUUCUCUCUCGGGAGUUUUAACAUUUAUGGGAGCAAUGGUAAUUGCAAGAAGCAGGCGAAGAUCCAUGAGUGCUCCAUCUGUGGUGCCGAGUUCACAUCAGGCCAGGCCUUGGGAGGCCACAUGAGGCGACACCGCCCGCCGGUCGUUGUCGGGGCAAAGCUAGAAUCCGACGACGAGUCCACGCGGCUGAGCGCUAAUGGGCUCUUGUCCCUUGAUUUGGAUCUCAACCUCCCAGCCCCGGAAGAAGAGAACCGCGAUCACUUGUUUCUCUUGAGCUCCAAACAACAGCAUCAUCAUCAGAAGCAAUCUCAUCCUCCUAUCUUUGUCUCGGCCCCGGCAAUCGUGGAUUGCCAUUACUGAGCAAGAAUUAAUUUAAGGUGAUGGGUUAAGUCAAUCGCAGUUUACAAAUUAGAAGCCAUGCGUGCGGGUCCAUGUUAAUUUUCCCAUGGACUUUAGUGCAUCUAAAGUUGAUUUAUCCAAAUUUCCUGUCAUCAAUUGUGGGGAUGUUACAUGUUAGAUUUAAGAAAUUACAGAGAUAUUCAGUUGAUUCUUUGGUUACAUGUGUAUCUUGAUUUGGGCUGUUGCACGGACGUCAGUUUCUUUUGUCCAAAAGCAAAAUUUGCGGGUCAUUCAUGGAAAGAGCAUGAUGGCACAGAACCAGGUUUUCUCUU